UCAAGUCAUUCUUUAUUAUUGCUUGAUCAAAUAAUAUAUACAUGUACAUAUAUGGUCAUGUAUAGAUGUCAAACUGAGUUUUAAUUCUGAACUUCUAAUAAGCCAGAGCUCAUCAGUAAUUUCAUUUCUUGCAACCCGCUAUGGCUUCCUCUGGUAUCAGUUCAGCACCAGCUUCUUCUGUUGCUGAUAGAUACGACGUUUUCUUGAGUUUCCAGGGUGAAGAUGCCCAAAACCAAUUUAUUAGCCAUCUGUACAUGGCCUUGGCUGAGAAAGGAAUUAAGACCUUCAAAGAUGAUAAGAUGCUUGACAAAGGAGCAGCAAUCUCUCCAGCAUUAUUUGAAGCAAUUGGGAAGUCAAGAUUCUGUAUAGUUGUCAUUUCCAAGGGUUAUGCUUCUUCACCAUGGUGCUUGGAUGAACUCAAGAAGAUCACUGAUACAAAGACAGGUACAGUUUUCCCAGUUUUCUAUAAUAUUGACCCAUAUGAAGUUCGCAAGCAGACUGGUAGUUUUGGAAAGGCAUUUUCUGAGCUUGAAAAGAAUUUCUAUGGAGAUAUGGAGAAGGUGCAGGGUUGGAGAUCAGCUCUUACCAAUGUAGGGAACAUGUCCGGAUGGGUCGCGGCAAAUUAUAGAGACGAAGCCCUGCUUGUUGAUGACAUUGUCUUACAUAUUUUGAAAAAACUGAAUGGUAUUGAAGGUGGACUGGAUUCCUGUGCAAAGGAAGUGGAUAACCAGUAG